UGACAAACUAGCCAAUGACGACAUCGAAAUUUGAGCUUCGCGGGCUUGUAUUGUACAAAAAUUUGGCGCGAGUUGUCAGUUCGAAUCUCUUGUCGUCCAUCGAAGCCGUCUGUGAUUGAAUCUCUGCCUAGAAAUCACCAUGUUUGAAGCAAGACUUGUUCAAGGCAACCUCUUAAAGAAAGUCAUUGAAGCCAUCAAAGAUGUUGUGGAAACCGCUAACUGGGACUGCUCGGCCGCGGGAAUCAGUCUUCAGGCCAUGGACUCAAGUCACGUGUGUUUAGUGUCUGUGCAACUGAACGCAGACGGCUUUGAUCCUUACAGGUGUGACCGUACCCUUUCCAUUGGCAUGAAAACGUCUCUACUGUCAAAAAUUAUCAAAUGUGCAGGAAAUGAGGAUAGAAUCACAAUCCAUGCUGAAGACACUGGUGAUACCGUAACGUUUUCAUUCGAAAGCCCAAAUGAGGAAAAAACAUCUGAAUACAAGAUGAAACUUAUGGAUAUCGACAGUGAACACCUUGGAAUUCCAGAUCAAACCUACGAUGCAGUAAUUAAGAUGCCAUCCGCAGAGUUCCAGAGAAUUUGUCGGGACUUAUCACAGAUGGGAGACUCAGUCCAAAUCGCAUGUACAAAGGAUGGAAUUGACUUUACCGUCAGUGGUGAAUCGGGGAGUGGCAAAGUCCAUCUCAAGCAAAAUGCCAGUGUUGACAAAGAGAGUGAGGAAAUUUCAAUAGAGCUGAAUGAGGCAGUGAACCUAACCUUUGCUCUUCGAUACAUGAACUUCUUUUCCAAGGCUACACCAUUAUCCAGUAGUGUGACCUUGUCGUUAAAGAAAGAUAUCCCACUUGUCGUGGAAUAUACAUUUGCAGACCUUGGUCAUGUCAAGUAUUACCUGGCCCCCAAGAUUGAUGAUGAAGAAAUGGAUAAUGAAGCAUAACUAAUUGCAAAGUGUAAACAGACUGCAGGAAUGGUUCAACAAACUUUAUUCCAUUACCUCAGCCAUCUCAAAAUAUUUAGGUUACAUGUUCAUAAAUAUACAUGCAAUGUUGCUCCAGCUCUAGCUAUUCCCUUUUUGUGUUCCCAGUCAUACCUGAGGUUUUGGAAGAUAACUCUUAAACUAUUCCAUUAAGUCACCCAGCCUGACCCUAAUACAAUACCUACACCAAUAAUAUGAACAUGGACUGGAAUGAUUCCUGGUACUAUUCUAGGUUUCCACAGUGUAGUGUUAUUUCAUUACAGGAAGUGUUUUCUUGUGCCAAUUAAAACGCAUUAAAAUCCUUAGAACAAGACAAGACUUCUUGGUGAUUUAUCAUUUUCUCAUUAAAUAUUUUUAUGUACAGUUUGAAAGCAUCUAUUAAUAAAACUUAAUAAGAAUCUUGA